GACAACGAGUAACAUGGUGCUGGAAAAGAAAGGCUCCGCUCGGGUGGAGGCUGGGCAGCGCAGGGUUUUGGAUGAAGCCACCAGACAGAGGAGACUCAGCAGGCAGCUGGAGGCUCUGGAGAAGGACAACUUCCAGGACGACCCUCUGUCCUCCCUCCCUCCCCCAGGUCCGACCGCCCGCCUCCCUGCCUUCAGCGAGACGGAAGAACCAGAGAAGAAGAAGAGGAAGACGAGGGGCGAUCACUUUAAGCAGCGUUUCAGGAAGAACUUCACCACGCUGCUGGAGGAGGAGAACCUGUCGGAGAAGCCGGAACCUAACUACCUGUCUGCGGUGGCCCCUCCCUCCUCUCUACCCCCCCGUCACUUCUGCUGCGUCUGUGGUUUCCCCUCUCACUACACCUGUACCACCUGCGGGGGGCGCUACUGCAGCAGCAAGUGUCUGUGUACACACAGAGAGACCAGGUGUCUGAAGUGGACGCUGUAGCUGCGACCUCGUCACCGUGGUGAUGGUGAUGAAGAUGAUGGUGAUGGGCGGCCUGUUCUCUGAGGAUUACAGACAGACAGACGGACGAGGUGGAACCCGUGAACUGUGUCUUUGUCCGGAGUUUAUUGGCUUCUAUGAGAGCAGAUGGACACACACACACCUUGAAGUCAUGUCAUUGGUCAGGAGUGAUGUCACCGCGCACUGCGGUACACGCUGACAUCACCAGAAGUCGAACCAGUGGACGUCAGACUCGGGGCUCAAUAACACACACACAGAUCUGACUUGUUCAAAAGGCAAACUGCUCUGAAGCAGUGAGUUUCACACCUGCUGUGGCUAGCUGUCUGCUUGUUUCCAGUCUUUAUGCUAAGCUACGCUAACCAGCUGCUGGCUCCGGCUCUCUCCUUUAAAGGUGUGGCAGCCUGCUUUUCCUCAUCGUUUAUUUAGAAUAAAUGUGUGAGGAGGCGCCUGUAGCGUACCGCUAACUCUCACUGACGCUCGUCCACUGUGGGGAGAUACCAAAAGUCUAAUUCACACAAAGCAUCAUGGGACGUGGAGGAACAGCCACAGCUCAGAGAAACAUAUGCCAACAAAUCAAACUACUGAAAGAGUGAACGAGUGACCUCACACUUCCUGUCUGACGUGCGGUGAUGUCAGCGUGUACUGCAGUGCACUGUGACAUCAAAGAGACCAGGUCCACCUCUUCAUCCGAACUAAACCAGAACCAUCCAGCUGAGGAAGAGUCAGAGUCACAGCGAGAGGAAAGAGAAGAAGACAUUAAUUCAAUGUUUAACCCAAAUCAAACAGGCGGGGGGGCUGCAGGGGGUCAGAGGUCGUCCUCGGUCAUUUUCAGACAGAUGUGUCUCUCGUGAGCUGAAGUGAAACGAUUCAGCUCAUCGGAAAAGACAUUUAUACACACACACAGUUUAAUCUGAGCUCUUCGUCCCUCGUCUUCCUCAAGCUGUCAGUUCAGCUGCAGACAGAGCUCUGAAGUGUUUCCACGGAAACGGACACAGCCGAGAACAGCCGGGGUCGUGAUGAAGAUGUGAUUCUACGUCUGCCCGGGCGCCGGACUGAGGCCAGAGAGCCGCCAGAGCUCCUGAACGAUCAAUGUAGCUGAUUAAUUCAUUAUUGGAUCCACUGCUGAUAUGAAACUGUCAAUCAUCUGUAAGAAUCAACGUUCAAAGCUGUGUGUGUGUGUGUGUGUGUGUGUGCGUGCGUGCGCGUGUGUGUGUGUGUGUGUUUAAAGUCCAGCUGCUCUCUUGUGUCAUUAAAAACGU